AUGAAUAAACACAUUUCAUUUCCUGCAUCAGCACAUAUACAUUAUGCAGUUAUUAAAUUCCGAUAUUCCGAAUUUUAUUCCUCGUUAGCACUCGUUUGGGAAUCGGAAAAAGCUGAGCCUCAUGAAAAUCACGAAAGAGAAAUGAAAGAAGAGGGGAUUCGUGCAGUUGACAUGUCAUUUACUUCAUUAUCAAAUACUUGGGUAAGAAUUCGCUCACGCGGGAGCCCUGGGCUUGGUUGA